AUGAACAUAGAAGAUAAUAGUAAUAAUAGCUUUUACUUUAAAAAGAUAUUAAAUUCGAAAAUAUUGAGAAAUAGAAUAUUCAGAGAUGUUAAACAGAUUCAUAGACUCGACCGUUUAGUUUACGAUUGGUAUGACCUUGGAUGCUUCCCAGCGGAGUUGAUCAGAUUCAAUCAAACUGAAAGGUUUAAAUCGAUAUUCAUCAGAGUAAUAUCUGCGCUCAAAGAUCAAUCGUAUGAUAGCUCUCUACUAGCUGAUUUCAAAUCGCUAUUCAUUAAAUCAUUGAAACUUGCAAGUGAACGUGGCAAACUUGAUUUAAUUGAAGUUGUUUAUCAACAUUGUAGCCAUUCACUAAUAAACUUCAAAGCUAUUCAUGAUGAGUCGAUAAAACAUGGGCACUUACCAAUAAUCCAAUUCCUUCAUGAAAACAAAAUCGAUUCUGUAUUCAGUGGAGAAUCGAUGCAAUUGGCUGCAAUGCAUGGUCACCUUCAUAUUGUGCGGUGGAUCCACGAGAAUAGGAGAGAUAAAGUAACAAAAUCAGCUAUGGAUAACGCAGCUGCCAAAGGUCACCUGCAUAUAGUCGAGUUCUUACACGCCAAUCGAACUGAAGGCUGCUCUUCAAAAGCUAAAGAUCUAUGCAGUCACCCGCCAACUGCACGAUUCCUUCAUCGUAACCGAACCGAACCAUUGACAUCGCUAAACGGUACAAUUCGUUCUGGUGAUAUUGAAUUGAUCGAAUUUGCUCUCAAGAGAUAUCCGUUUGUCUAUAGACCGCUCAAUAUCAUCAGCUCAAUAUAUGAUGGUCAGUAUGAAGCCACCAAAUAUCUACUGGCGAAUCGCACUGAAGAUUGUAUUCUGUCGACCAUUAACCUAGCUCUGGUGCAUGGUCAAUUUGAAUUGGCCAAACAAAUUCACUAUCACACUAAUGGAAACAAUGAAAAAUCGAAUGAAAUAAUAUUGGUUCUGUCGUCGCCAAACAAAGAUAGCGCCAAUCGAAUGGAUAUGAUUGAAUUUCUAUAUGAACAUCGAUUUAAAGAGGUAGAUUUGGAGAGUUACUAUAUUAUGAUGAGUGCUGCAAGAGAAGGUGAACUUGAAAUAGUUCGGUUCCUACAUAGAAAAGGAUAUAGAAAUACAAGAGAGGUCAUGGAUCAAGCUGCAAUCAAUGGACAUACAAAAGUGGUGCGAUUCCUAAAUGAAAACACCACCGAAGGUUGCUCAGCCAAUAUCUUAGAUAGUCUUUCACGCAAAGCGAAUACUUUCGAAACAUUCAAAUAUCUCUUUGAGAAUCGUAGCGACUGUAUCUGUACCAAUAAGACACUGAAUAGAUUGGCAUCGUUUGAAAAUCAAGAAGCUAUGCAAUGGUUGAUGAAUCAUAACAACAACCUACAUUGUACUGAUAAAGCCUAUAAAUAUGCAUGUAAGAACAACAGGUUGUCGAAUGUCAUUUGGUUAAAAGAACAUCUUGAAUUACCAUUCAAUGACAACACAUCGGAAUUCGCAACCGCACCAGAAUGUUUAGAUUUGAUCAUAUAUCUACACAAUCAAAACGCUCCAUUUUCAAAAGAUGUUAUCGGUGAUGCUGCAGAGCAAGGUUCAAAAGAAAUCGUUGAAUUUCUACUCACCAAUAGAACCGAAGGGUUCAGCGAAUUAGCACUGGAGUAUGCACUUACAAAGAAUGAUUUUGCAAUAAUGAAAUUGCUUCUUCUUAAUAAUAGAGAGAGAAUCUCAAUACCAUCUGAAUUGGAUGAUGAAUUAAAAUUCAAAAGUUACCCAGAAAGACUUGAAUUUAUUAAAUCUUUAAAUAUUUAA